GGAGUAACACUGCGCUUGGUUAGCUGCUCAGUGCGGAUCUUCUUGUUGUUCAGAAGGUAAAUCAGGUGGAAAUGCAGCGACUUUUUGGCCGAGGGAAGCCCAAAGACCCCGCACUCAGCCUCGCGGACUGUGUAACACUGAUUGAUUCACGAGUAGAGUCUAUGGAUGAGAAGAUAUCCGGGUUUGACGUAGAGCUAAAGAAAUGCCUACAGCAGAUGCAGACAAUGAGGGAUGGUCCACCAAAGAACCUGGUGAAGCAGAAAGCCAUGCGAGUUCUUCGACGUAAGAAAAUGUAUGAAGCGCAGAGGGAUCAGCUGAAGCAGCAAUCCGUCAACAUGAAGCGAGCCAGGGACAUCAUUCAGGCCCUUAAAGACACUAAAACAACUAAAGAUCGGACUAAAAACAUUUAAGAAGAAGAAGGAAGAACAUUAAUAAAUAAGAUAAGAUAAUCCUUUAUUAAUACCACAAUGGGGAAAUAUACAAUGUCACAGCAGCACAGAUGAAAGGACAGAAAAAUAUAAACAAAUAAUAUAUAUAUAUAUAUAUA